AUGAGUAAACAAAAUGGAAAAGCUUCGUGGGAUAUAAGAGCCACAAAAGUCUUUAUUAACCUAUGCAUUGAAGAAGUUGAGAAAGGGGGAAGAAAAGGAACUAGCUUGACCAAGCCUGCUUGGUCAAGUCUUGAGGACAACUUCACCGCAAAGACUGGGAGAGUUUAUACAAAAAUCCAAUUAAAGAACAAAUUUGACUCUCUGCGAAAGGAGUGGCAGUUAUGGGAUAGGCUGCUCCGUGAGACAGGUUUGGGGUGGGAUGCGGAAAGGAAUACAGUUAGUGCCCCUGAUGAUUGGUGGGAGAGGAAAAUAGUGGAAGUUCCAGGCUACGAGAAAUUUAGAGAAAGAGGACUUCAAUUUCGGGCUGAAUUGACUCAACUCUUUGGGUCUGUCGCUGCAACUGGACCACAGUCAUGGGCACCUUCUUCCAUGACGCUUCCAAGCGAAGGAGUUCCCGAAAAUGAUAUGGAAGAAGGGUCUGGAGAUAGUGAUGAAAUAUUGGGGGCACUAAUUGGGAUAAGCGGAGAGUUUAAUUCGGUCACAUUCAAUGACAAUAGUGGAGGAAGUGGAGGCAACACUGGGAUGAGACGGGAAAACAGUCGUGGGGGUAGAAGCACAGAUGCAUUAAGCAAGAUAGCUCAGGCAAAUGAAAAUGAUUCUCAGCGUGAAUAUGAAGAGAUUUCAGAAGCACGUGCUAGGAAGAUAGAAGAAGAAGCACGUGCUUAUGAGACGUCAAUUGCGGGAGUCAUGGAGCACCUUAACGAAGUUGAUGAAGUUGUUGAUGAUCCUGAUUUGUUUGGCCGGUGCACAACACUCCUUAUGAGGGAGCAAGCUGCAAGGGAGAUGUAUGUGACUCUGAAGAACAAGAGGGAAAGACUCCUGAUCUUCUUGAAGCACGCAACUAAAUAUUGA